GCUCUCGUUGAUACUGUCCACUCUCCCACCUUGUUGCCAAUGGGUUUUUAAUGGACACCAAGGAUACUGAAUGCAUUCUGGAGCCUUUGUCUCUGGAGCAAAAGGAGAACGGAGUCGAAAGUUCUGCACUGAGAAACCCGGAGUCCAGUUUCAACAGGGCAAAUGUAAUUGAGGAGAAGGCAUAUCCGCGCAAGUUGUGGGGAUGGUCAUUGCAAGGCAUGACUCUAGUUGUUUUAAGUGUUGUCGUCGUCUCGGCCUCAAUAACGGUUGCCCUCGUCAUCAGUUUACUUGCUGGCCUGCAGCAAAUCAGACCGCAUGGCUCUGUGGUGUCUGAAAGCGCUUAUUGCAGCCGAUUGGGACUUGAUGUCAUGGAAAACAAAGGUGGGAACGCUGUCGAUGCUGCAGUCGCGACUUCCUUUUGUAUGGCAGUAGCCAGACCUGACUUGGCCAGUUUGGCUGGCUGUGGAUUGAUGCUCGUGCAUGAACAAAGUUCGCAAACCAGCCAUUUGUAUGACUUCAUAUGCACCGCCCCUAGUGGUGCACAAAACCCUGACGAGUCUACUCCAUUGACACUUGUUGGCGUACCUGGCUUCGUGCGGGGACUUGAUGCGGCUCAUCGGCAUUUCGGGAAAAUCCCUUGGCCCAGUUUAUUCGAAGGCGUUAUACGCCUGGCGUCCAGUGGAUUUAAGCCUGAGCCCGCUUUGGCGCAGGCCGUGCUGCUAGCAAAUUCGACCAACCUCAUCGGCGCCGAAAAUAUCAUUGACCUACUCAAAAACUUCAAUGGCGAUAUCUACCUACCUCCUCAAGGUCUCCAGGAAACUCUCCGUAAUAUAUCUGAACGAGGUGUUAGUUAUUUUUACCUUGAUGGUGGAGACGGUUCUUUUGCUCAAAGGUUCAUGCUUCUUCUUAUGAACUCCUCCGGUGCAAACUGGGCACCGACUGAUUUGCCGAACUAUCUUGUAAGGCAACCGAAAGCUAUUCAGAUGGGAUUUGCUGGAUUCACUAUCGAAGCCUUUCCAACGCCUUCGGGAGGACCAUUUCUUCUAAACGUGUUGAGUAACCUCGACUUGAUGGACGUGGUUUCCCCUUUGGAUCAUGCUGCCUUGGCUCGCAAUGAUGUGUCGACAACGGCUACGGUGUUGCAUCGCCUUUUGGAAUCGGCAAAGUCAGCAUUACUCGCCACACAAGGACUUGGGGAUCCUUACGACAGUCUCAUUGCAAAUUCAGUGACCAACGCACAGGACAAGCUGCUUUCACUUGCUGCGCGCAAGUCGUUUGUGAGUACCGUGAGCGAUGCAAACGCAACAUCUGCAAAUCUCUCCUUACUAUCCCAGUUUAACUCUGACAUCGGGAGUACGGGACUUUUGACAACCGAUUCUGCCGGCCUCACUGUCGUCAUGAGUUCAUUUCUUGGCUCUCCAUUCGGUACUGGAAUGAUUGUCCCCCGUACCGGUGUACACUUGAACUCGGCACUCCGUCUCUUUUCCACUCCGGACAAAGCGGAUCUCAAUUCCAUCGCAGCUGGACGUCGCCCACUAGUUCCUAUCUCACCAAUUUACGUUUCCACUACACAUCGCAAAUGCGGUGUGCGUUUCGGUUUGGUUAGCCCUGAUGGGUUUUCUGGAACUUUCGACGCCACUCAGGUUCUUGCCAACGCAGCGUUGUUUCUGCGCCACAGUGGUUGUUAUCCCCAAUCCACAGUUGCCUCACAUCCUUCAUACUCAACGCACCGGUCCGACUCUGGGGCAUCCUCCACUCUGAGCGAUUAUACUCCAGCAGUAAAUGUGGGGUGCAUCAAUGCAAAGGCUGCCGUCGAUUUACCCCGUUUAUUUUUGAAUGCAACGACGGAUCUGCAGAACAAUACCGUCGUUUCUGUGUUGUACGAAACCGGAUACGAGCAGCAAGUCAUCGAUGAUCUUGCUGCUCGCGGACACCACAUGGGUGAAUACGUAGGAAUCUGGCGAGGGCGUGUUGCUGCCGUCGGGUGGGACAAGCAUCACUUGAUCGGUGCCAGUGAUACACGCGGCUCUUCGUGGAGUCUACUCACUUAUUAGACAUGGACGCUGGUAUGCAGAGUCACUGUUCACAAAUUGCCAUUUCUCUGUGUUGUGGUGGAUUGGAUUUUACUUCGCAUAUCCUGCACCCUUUUCUAUCAUGAUCUGCUUGUUUUUAUUCCCAUUACUUGGCUGUGCCACUUUUGCUUUGCUAUUUUUCUCCCUGUAUGUGAUAACAGAAAUUUACCGUAACACAGUGUCUCUCUUGUUUACGAAUGUAUGUUUGGCGUAUCAGUUUCUUCGUUAUUCCAUACAAUGCUGUUCGGUACUAUGUAUGUAUUUGCAAGUCUAACGAAUAGGCAAAGCCAAACAAAACCAUGGAAAUCAUU